AUGUCAAAAUAAUUAAGACGACUUGACAGCGAGAGCGAUCUUGAAGAACCAGAAUCACAGGUCUAUUAAGAAAGUAAAACCCACAUUAAUCCAUUUAGUGAAGCAAUUGCAAACCACGAAAGGUAUCUCCCAAAUGAUCACUGAGAUCAUCCAUGAAGAAGAGCUUGAUGAAGUGGAAGACAAACACAAAUACAUGAAGAAUUUGGUUGGUCGCAAACUCAGUCAAUUAGACAGUCCAACUGAAUCUGUCAAAUCUGCACAUUCAUCCAAACCAUUCUAAAGUCCCAGAAAGACUCUUAAAAGAGACACCGUAUUUUUCGAAAAGUCUGACUUCGACAUUCUCAGCAUCCGAGAAUACGAUUAUAUCGAAGUAUCUCCUCCUCAUUGAAAACUAGAUUAAAAAGUGCGAAAAAUGUGCCAUUCAUGAGCAAAGUGAAAAUGAAGGACGAGCCUCUGCGAAGAAGAUUGUCUCCCUACUCAAAAAACGAUAAGAUUACAACCCCGAUCUCCAAAGUGAUUGGAAUGGAUUGGAAGAAGUUACCACCUAUUCAGCUGAUACUCAAGAACCCAUUGUUGAUUACAGAUGCCACAUUGAACUACUGCCUCAAAUGGAAAAAGUGGAAAUCCAUGUCUCCGAUGGAGUCUAUGCAGUGCAAUAAGAUGGACAUUGGCUUACCAAGAUGCACUCCAUCAAGGAGUUCAUUAAGGAUCUCCUAACCUUUGUUGAAAUAGCCAAUGACAAGAUGAUUUCCAGUUGGUGCUAUUCACGCAACAAGUAUUUGGAGUAGAAGUUCAAAAUGCAUUGUCUGUUUAAUAGUGACAGAGAAAGUGAGGAUCAAAAGCGAAUAAAGAAUAGGGACUUUUAUAGUGUGCUAAAAAUAGACACUCACGUUCAUCAUAGUCAAAGUAUGAAUGGCAAGUAAUUACUUGAAUUUAUGAAGAAGAAAUUCAGACAAUGUCCUGAAGAAGUUGUCUAUUUGGAUGAUGGUAAAGAAAUGACAUUGAAAGACAUUCAAAAGCGAUUCAAAUUCAAAACAGAAGAAUUAAAUAUCGAUCUCUUGGAUGUUUAAGCAGAUAAAUCACUCUAUAAGAGAUUCGACAGAUUCACUAGCAAGUACAGUCCUCUUGGAUAGCCACUUUUAAGAAGCAUCUUUUUGAAGACUGAUAAUUAUAUCAAAGGAAAAUACAUUGCUGAAAUUACUUAGGAUAUGAUUAAAAAUAUGGACAGACACACUUAUGCUGAAUGGAGAAUCACCAUUUAUGGGAAAUCUAGUAGUGAAUGGAGAAAGAAGGCUCAAUGGCUAAUUAAAAAUAAAUUACAACAUCCAAAUAUUAGGUGGAUCAUCUAAUUGCCUAGACUCUAUUCAGUGUAUAGAAAAAGCGGAGAACUCAACUCAUUUCAAGAUAUGAUUGAUAAUAUUUUUAGACCAUUGUUUGAAGUCACUAUCAAUCCUGAAGUCGAUCCAGACUUGUAUCAAGCACUCUUUAGCAUAUCUGCUUUUGAUUGUGUUGAUGAUGAGAAUUAGCAUGAGAACUUCUUUCUAUAACACCUAAGGAUCCAACCUAUUCAUUGGACUAAAGACUCCAAUCCACAUUAUGCUUAUUGGAUCUAUUAUAUCUAUGCCAAUCUAUCCAGUUUGAAUCAGUUGAGACAACAAAGAGGGUUGAAUACACUUGAUUUAAGACCGCAUUGUGGUCUCAAUGGAAAUAUUGAUCACUUGGCUUGUGCAUAUUUACUGGCUAAAGGAAUCAAUCAUGGCAUUAUUUUAGAAUAAUCACCUGUUCUAAAGUACUUGUAUUACCUCAAAUAAAUUGGUAUUUCCAUGUCUCCAAUCGCCAAUAACAAAUUGACAUGUAAAUAUGCUGAUUCACCUUUUAACAGCUAUUUCAGACAAGGACUCAAUGUUUGUUUGUCCACUGACGAUCCCCUUAUGUUACACAUAACUGAUUAACCUCUUCUUGAAGAAUAUGCAAUUGCUCAACAGAUCUUUGAUUUAUACAAUGUAGACAUGGCCGAAUUGGCACGUAACUCUGUUCGAUGCUCUAGUUUCGAAUCUAUCAUCAAAGAAUUUUAUGUUGGAACUCAUUAUGAGAAAAUGUACAAAACUACAAGUAAUCUAUCAUCCUUAUCCCCUAGACAACCCAGAAAGAAACAAUGUACCCUAAAGCAGAUUCCUAUUUAGGUAAGAAACACUUAAAGAGGAAUAUCAAUACUUGCAAGAACUCAGCAAGUCUUAAUGA